GUGAAACACGCUGCUAAAUGUGUCUUCCAGCACUCAAAUACUGAAGAUCUUGGAGAAAACAUCUACACGCGCGGCUCAGCGUACGACCCAGUAAAAGCUGCCGAAGAUGCUUCAAGAUCAUGGUUUGGGGAGCUUGCACAACGCGGAGUUGGCAAAGACCUCACGUUC